CUAGACGUCUUCUUAGAGCCGUCAGCUCAUUUGAGUCUGACAGGAAAGAUUAGAACAGUUUUCGAGCUGGUGUCUGACAAAACUAAAUUUGUUUAAAAGUUUGUCCUCACUGAUUGACCCACAGCAGGAAAAUGGCUGAAGCUGAAGUUCUUAAAAAUAUUAAGUCCACAAGAGCAAGAGGAAACACAGAUGUGGCCACACCCUCUACGGAUGAACCCACUUAUUGCAACAUCCAUUACUCAAAAUCUCAGCGACCUGGCUCCAAACAACCUGCAGCAUCAAACAGGCGAUCGGGGGUCACAUCGGAGCGAGUGGCCCUGCUGCUCCUCAGUGUUCUCCUGGCAGCUGCUGUCACAGCUCUUGGUGUAACCCUUCAUGAAAAUACUCAAACCAAGAAGAGUCUCCAAAAGCUUCAAGAGGAAGCAACAAAUCUCACAGAUGAAACAUGUCAGAGGUGCAAGAACUGCUGGGAGCCACAUGGAGGAAAGUUGUACUUCUUCUCCUCAGUUAAUUUGACCUGGAAUGAGAGUAGAAGACAAUGCAAAUCAAUGGGAGGAGACCUGGUUGUGAUAAACAGCAGAGAGGAGCAGAGAUUCCUGCAGACUAGACUGAGAGGAAAAAUGGAAUUUUAUGAGGACAGGUUCUGGAUCGGACUGACAGACUCACAGAAAGAGGGUGAAUGGCUUUGGGUGGACAACACACGACUGAAUACAAGUUUGACAUUUUGGGGUGACCACGAGCCAGACGACUGGACAGAGGAGGAUCCUGAUGGAGAGGACUGUUUGAGGAUGGGGGAGGAAGACCUGGUGUCCUGGGCUGAUAAAUCCUGCAAAUCGCCUCAAAAAAGUAUUUGUGAGAAACCAGAAAAAGCAUGUGGCUGAAAUCCCCUUGUUCAGAUUGAGCUCGAGUCCUCGGCCACUUUCACAAACUGAGGCAUGAAGCUUUAUUAAUGAAGAUCUUCUCCAGACACAAACAACUUGAAUAAUAUCUAGAGUCUCAUAUGUUCUUCAGUUUCCUUCUUAUUUUAAAGUGACGUCUACUCCUCCCUCAUAUAAAAUCUAUGCAUAUUAAAAAUUAUAUAUAAUUUUCUGAUGACCAUCAGGCUGCGAUGAGAGGCUCAAGUCAUGAGCUGCUCCUUCAAGUGUUUUCAGGGUUUCUAUCUAAACCCGAUUCCACAUCCUUGACCCAGCGUCUCAUUCUGUUUCCAGCUUUCGGAUCCGACCCAGGUUUGAUGACUCAGCUCUUUUCUGAAGCAUUGCCCUGGCUCCAUUAAAACCACAGUGUAAGUGCAUGAAGAGCGUUUACUUCCAGUUAAAGGAACUUCAAUUUCAUCCAGACUUUAUUAAGGACACAUUUCAGUUUUACAUUUUGCUUUCUCUGGUCUUUAAUUUAUGUUAAGUGUCUUUGAACAUUGCCAAAAGUGCUGCAUUAAUAAAGUGUAAUAAUAGUGUUUUUAUUAUUAAAUCCUCAAUUUGCACUGGUCACAUUCAUUUCUUUGAUAAAACAUUAAAUUUAAGUGUUGCUCUGAAUAUUAAUGGAAAGAAUAAAACACAUCCACUUGGAUUUACUUGACGUUUUCAGAAAAGAGUAUAAAUAUAUAAUAAAGUGUUUCAUACAGCUGCACUGUACAGCAGCAACCGUCUGAAUUUGGAUUCAGAAAUUCAAAAAUAAAUAUGUAAAUAAAUAAAAUAG